GGGAGGGGGAGAGGAGGCCGGAGACAGUGUCCGUGACACAGCGAUAGCGACAGACAGGUGCUGGUGUGGUGGAUCCUUACAUGUUUGUGUUCUAAUACAUGACGGAAAAGAAAACAAAUGCCAGCCAUGGUGGCUCACAUCUACCAGAUUUGCCUUUGGCAGUUUUUGCUCUGUUUCACUCUCACCAAGGUUGUAUCCAUCCAAUUAGACCAACCAAGGGUCCUGCUAGUCUCUUUUGAUGGAUUUCGCUGGGAUUACAUCUAUAGAGUUCCAACACCACACUUUAAAUAUAUUAUGGAAAAUGGUAUUCAUGUAAAACGAGUCACUGAUGUUUUUAUUACAAAAACCUUUCCCAACCACUAUUCUCUUGUGACUGGUUUGUAUGCGGAGAGCCAUGGUAUUGUAUCUAAUGAAAUGUAUGAUCCAGAUUUAAAUAUAUCCUUCUCCAUGGAUAAAAGUAAUGCAUUAAACCCUGUGUGGUGGGAGGAAGCAUACCCACUUUGGAUAACAAACCAGAUUCAAGGUCAUAAAAGUGGAGCUGCAAUGUGGCCAGGUACAGAUGUCCAAAUACAUGGCAUCUUCCCAACUCAUUAUAUGCCCUAUAACAUCUCAGUUUCUUUUGAAGAUCGAGUGGCACGAUUGAUUGACUGGUUCACAGGAAAAGAUCCAGUUAAUUUUGGCGUCCUAUACUGGGAAGAGCCUGAUAUCUCAGGCCAUAAUUUAGGACCUGAUAGCGUUCUGAUGAACGACAUCAUUGCAGAUAUUGAUCUGAAGCUUGGUUACCUUAUAACACAACUUCAGAAAGCAGGACUGUGGGAAACACUAAACAUAAUAGUUACAAGUGACCAUGGGAUGGCACAGUGUUCGAAAGACAGGAUCAUCGAGUUAGACCGCUAUGUUAAUAAUGAGCUGUAUACAUGGAUUGACUUCUCACCAGUCUCUGCAAUUUUACCAAAACCAGACCGAUACAAUGAUGUAUACAAUGCUUUAAUAAAUGCUCAUCCGAAUAUGACUGUUUACAAAAAAGAAGAAAUUCCAGAUCGCUUUCACUACAAACAUAACAACAGAAUUCAGCCAAUCAUAGCAGUGGCAGAUGAAGGCUGGACUAUCGACCAGAAUAUAUCAUCUGGAAUUUUUUUAUUGGGUAACCAUGGAUAUGAUAACACCUUGCAGAGCAUGCAUCCAAUAUUUGUAGCCCAUGGUCCUGCUUUCAAGAAGAACUUCACCAAGGAAGCCAUAAGAAGUGUUGACAUAUAUCCUUUAAUCUGCCAUAUUUUGGGACUUGAUCCAAUGCCAAAUAAUGGUUCGUUUAAAAAUGUCCAAGAGCUGUUAACUGCUGUAAAACUGGGUAAAACUGAAAAAACAGAUUUGGAGAAUGUGUCACAUUUUGAAAUAAAUACUGGAGGUUCAUAUGCAUGGCUAGGUAUCCUCCUAGGUAGUGUGUUGGUUGUUGGAUUUCUAAUUGUGUUUGUACUUAUGAUGACAAAAAGCCAGAUGUCUAUCCUACAUAUUCACCAUGGUGAGAUGGCUCAGCCUUUGCUACCGACUUAAUCUGUGUGUGUGGAACUAUUCUUCACUGUCGAACCUUAUUUAUCUAUGUACCAUUUGUUAGGUGCCUUUUAUUUGAAAAUAACAUUGCCAAGUUGGGCAAUUGCAGCUGUCUUGAUUAAUGCGAGUGCAGAGUUGUAUUUUUUGAAAAUUUGUUUGCCGUUGUGACUUUUAAACAAUGCUAUUUUAGUUGGCUACUGUGCUAUGGUAGAUCAGAUCUGCUAACUAAUGAAAUGAGCAGUGGAGGAAAAGUGUUUAAUACAAGAUGAAAAAUUAAUGCAGAAUUCUGAUUGGAAGUAUUUCAAAUCAUUCUGCAGAAGUUUUAUUUGACGACAUUUGUUGAAAUAUUACAACAACAAACCACAAUGUCUUGCAUUUAUAUAGCGCCUUUUAUGCAGAUAGCGUCUCGGGGUGCUUACAUUAUAAUAAUCUUAGAAAUUCACAACAUAAUCAUCAGGUUGUAUCAUAAUGCAUUUAUACCAGACAAUUUUGUAAUGUGAUUGUCAGCAAUCUCACCCUUUAACAUUCAAAAGCUAUCUGAGGUUUGGAGAUGUUGUAUUCAAAUAGCUAUAAGUAAAAUGGUAGUGAACAGCAACAACUUGCAUUUAUAUAGCGCCGUUUACGCAGGAUAGCAUCCCAGAAUUCUUGCUGAAAUGCUUCUCUGAAAGCAGUAAAGAAAUGGUGGGGGGUGGGGUUUUAGGGAGAGGACAAGAAAGGAUAAGGAAAUGGUGAGAUUAAGGAAAUGGGUGCUGUUUGCAGUUUUAGAUUUUCAAAGACCGCAGCCUUGAACUGGAGGUCUGUCUCUCCAUUUGUGUGAUUUUCUUUUGAUAAGAUGUAUUUUCACAGAAAUACUUAAGAAAAAGAAUCUGUGAUGGUAUUAUUGUAUUUUUAUUUAUCAUUAUUUUAUCACAGAUUUAUUAAAAAUCCUAGUUAUAGGGAGGUGGAGGGAGAAUUAACUGAAUAGCGCCAGAUAUAGCAACAUUUGUUGAGUCCUGCAGCUCAGUGGUUAGAGCACUCGCCUCGCAAGCGAGAGACC